AUGAUCCUCGGCGUCGGCACGGGAAAGACCGUCGAGCUCUGCCUGCGGCGCAUCGCCGACAAGCUGGAGCGCGGCGCGCUCAAGGACGUGCUCUGCCUGCCGACGUCGGACGCGACGGCGCGGCUGCUGGAGACGUUAAAGCUCCCGACGCUCCGCCACGACUCGGACGCGUCGGUCGACCUCGCCAUCGGCGGCUGCGACGCCGUCGACGGGCAGAAGCACGUGCUCAAGGGCGGCAAGGGCGCCAUGCUCCGGGAGAAGCUCCUCCGCGACGCGGCCAAGGCCUGGGUCGUCUGCUGCGCCGAGGGGAAGGUCUGCGACGCCGUCGGCAGCACGUACCCGAUCCCCGUCGCUCCCGUCGGCGUCCGCGCUCGCAAGCUCGCGAACCUGCCGUCGCUCCAGCCGGCCGUCGCGCGGCUCCGCGUCGGCGCCGCGCCCGCGGGGUUCCCCGGCUGCGCCAUGCCCGGCGACGACGGCGCCGCCGUCUACAAGACGGACAACGGCAACCUCAUCGUGGACCUCUUCCUCGAGGCGCCCCUCCGCGACGUGCGCCGCGCGGCCGACGACCUGUCGCGCACCGCGGGCGUCGUCGAGCACGGCCUGCUGCCCGCGGACGAGAACCCGCCCAUCGUCGUCGUCGGCCGCGCGGACGGCACCGCGACGCGGCUUUGA